CUCAGUCUCUCUCUCUCUGCAUUCAUUUAUAGUUUGCUGUCAGUCAUGAAGCCCGGCAGUUGUAUGCAUUUAUAGUUUUCUGUCAGUCAUGAAGCCCGGCAGUUUGACAGGCUCUGUAUUAGCCUGGCACCCAACAUAACUGAGGCUGCACAGUAGAAGGUGUGUUUUCCCUUUUCCCUUCAUUCAUUUUAUUUUUGAUGAACCACUUUUUCAUGUUUUAAAAAAGGACAUCUGUUGCUAGUACAGCUUGGCAGCAGUUUUCCAUUUGGCAAAAGGGGUAGUGUCAUCGGCAAACUGUAACAUGUGGCUGUCACAAUCUACAGUGGUGUCCAAAAUUAAAGCAACAAACUGUUAUUUCCUCAUGUUGUGUCUAGUUCAUGGUAUAAUCAUACAAAAUAUCAACAAAUGCUGUACAGUCAUGUUCUGUCUAGAAGAUAGCAUUCCGGUCAAUGGACAAUCAUGUCAAUGACGAUGUCAGAACACCUAUCCAAUAGGGUAGUGUUGGCCGGGUAGUCCCACAUCCAUUUCGGUGACAUCUUGGGACCCCAUUGAACUCAGUAGUCAUUAGACAUAGUGAGAGAGAGCAGAGUGGGGCAUUUUGCAGAAUUCACAAACUUCGAACAUGGUCAGGUGAUUGGGUGUCACUUGUGUCAUACGUAUGUACGCAAGAUUUCCACACUCCUAAACAUCCCUAGGUCCACUACUUCCAAUGUGAUAGUGAAGUGUAAAUGUGAAGGGACACAUACAGUACAAAAGCAUACAGGCUGACCUCAUCUGUUGACUGACACACACUGCCGACAACUGAAGUGGGUUGUAACGUGUAACACGCAGAGCUCUAUUCGGCCCAUCACACAGGAAUUCCAAACUGCACCAGAAUCCACUGCAAGCACGAUAACAGUUAGGCGGGAGGAUUUCAUUGUCGAGUGGCUGCUCACAAGUCACACAUCACGUCGCUAAAUGCCAAAUGAUGCCUCGCUUGGUGGAAGGAGCAUAACAUUGGACGACUGAACAGUGGAAAAAACAUUGUGUGGAGUGAAGAAUCACGAUACACAAUGUGGCGAUCCGAUGGCAGGGUGUGGGUAUAGCGAAUGCCCGGUGAAUGUCAUCUGCCAGCAUGCGUACUGCCAACUGGACUUGGACAGGAUUUGUGAUUGGUGUUAAGAAUGGCUGCUAACUCUAAAUAUAGAUAAAUGCAAAUUAAUGCAGAUGAAUAGGAAAAAGAAUCCGUAAUGUUUGAAUACUCCAUUAGUAGUGUAGUGCUUGACACAGUCAUGUUGAUUAAAUAUUUGGGCGUAACAUUGCAGAGCGAUAUGAAGUGGGGCAAGCAUGUAAUAGCAGUUGGGGGGGAAGGCGGAUAGUCUUCUUCGGUUCAUUGGUAAAAUUUUGGGAAGACGCGGUUCAUCUGUAAAGGAGACCGCUUAUAAAACACUAAUACGACCUAUUCUUGAGUACUGCUCGAGCGUUUGGGAUCCCUAUCAGGUCGGAUUGAGGGAGGACAUAAAAGCAAUUCAGAGGUGGGCUGCUAGAUUUGUUACUGGUAGGUUUGAUCAUCACGUGAGUGUUACGGAAAUGCUUCAGGAACUCGGGUGGGAGUCUCUAGAGGAAAGGAGGCAUUCUUUUCGUGAAUCGCUACUGAUAAAAUUUAUAGAACCAGCUUUUGAGGCUGACUGCAGUACAAUUUUACUGCCGCCAACUUACAUUUCGCGGAAAGACCACAAAGAUAAGAGAGAUUAGGGCUCAUACAGAGGCAUAUAGACAGUCAUUUUUCCCUCGUUCUGUUUGGGAUUGGAACAGGGAGAGAAGAUGCUAGUUGUGGUACGAGGUACCCUCCGCCACGUACUGUAUGGUGAAUUGCGGAGUAUGUAUGUAGAUGUUGUUUUUGUUGUGGUCUUCAGUCCUGAGACUGGUUUGAUGCAGCUCUCCAUGCUACUCUGUCCUGUGCAAGCUUCUUCAUCUCCCAGUACCUACUGCAACCUACAUCCUUCUGAAUCUGCUUAGUGUAUUCAUCUCUUGGUCUCCCUCUACGAUUUUUACCCUCCACGCUGCCCUCCAAUGCUAAAUUUGUGUUCCUUUGAUGCCUCAAAACAUGUCCUACCAACAGAUCCCUUCUUCUAGUCAAGUUGUGCCACAAACUUCUUUCUCCCCAAUCCUAUUCAAUACCUCCUCAUUAGUUACGAGAUCUAUCCACCUUAUCUUCAGCAUUCUUCUGCAACACCACAUUUCGAAAGCUUCUAUUCUCUUCUUGUCCAAACUAUUUAUCGUCCAUGUUUCACUUCCAUACAUGGCUACACUCCAUACAAAUACUUUCAGAAAUGACUUCCUGACACCUAAAUCUAUGCUCGAUGUUAACAAAUUUCUCUUCUUCAGAAACACUUUCCUUGCCAUUGCCAGUCUACAUUUUAUAUCCUCUCUACUUCGACCAUCAUCAGUUAUUUUACUUCCUAAAUAGCAAAACUCCUUUACUACUCUAAGUGUCUCAUUUCCUAAUCUAAUCCCUCAGCAUCACCCAAUUUAAUUUGACUAGAUUCCAUUAUCCUCGUUUUGCUUUUGUUGAUGUUCAUCUUAUAUCCUCCUCUCAAAACACUGUCCAUUCCGUUCAGCUGCUCUUCCAGGUCCUUUGCUUUCUCUGACAGAAUUACAAUGUCCUCGGCGAACCUCAAAGUUUUUACUUCUUCUCCAUGAAUUUUAAUACCUACUCCGAAUUUUUCUUUUGUUUCCUUUACUGCUUGCUCUAUAUACAGAUUGAAUAACAUCGGGGAGAGGCUACAACCCUGUCUCACUCCUUUCCCAACCACUGCUUCCCUUUCAUGCCCCUCGACUUAUAACUGCCAUCUGGUUUCUGUACAAAUUGUAAAUAGCCUUUCGCUCCCUGUACUUUACCCUGCCACCUUCAGAAUUUGAAAGAGUGUAGAUGUAGAACUGUAAAAUUCGGAGGUGGUGGUGUUAUGGUGUGGUCAUGUUUUUCAUGGAGGGGGCUUGCACCACUUGUUGUUUUGUUUGGAACUGUCACAGCACAGGCCUACAUUGAUGUUGUAAGCAUCUUCUUGCUUCCCACUGUUGAAGAGCAAGUUGGUGUUGGCGACUGCAUCUUUCAACAUGAUUGAGCACCUGUUCAUAAUUCACAGCCCGAGGCAGAGUGGUUACACAAUGAUAACAUCCCUGUAAUGGACUAGGCUGCACAGAGUCCUGACCUGAAUCCUACAGAACACCUUUGGGAGGUUUUGGAAUGCCGACUUUGUGCCAGGCCUCACCGAUCUACAUUGAUACUUCUCGUCAGUGCAGCACUCCAUGAAAAAUGGGCUGCCAUUCCCCAAGAAAUCUUCAAGCGCCUGAUUGAACGUAUGCCUGUGAGAGUGGAAGCUGGUAUCAAGGUUAAGGGUGGGCCAACAUUACCGAUGGAGGGUGCCACGAACUUUUAAGUUAUUUUCAGCCAGGUGUCUGGAUACUGUUGAUCACAUAGUGUAUGUGCAAAUCCGUUAAGUUGGGCAAAACGGAUAACAUUUUUGUCUACCAUUAUGCAUGUUGUAGUUGUUUAUGCUCUGUGUUCUUUACAUUAUUUCUACUUUACUAUCACCUGUGUACACUAUUUUGCGGCAAAAUAAACGUAAAUUUCCAAAAUCCACUUGUUGCCUUAAUUUUGGACACCGGUGAUUAUCAUUUACAUAAAUAAGGAACAGGAGAGGUCCUUUGGCAAAUUCCUGGCGUACACCUUUCUUCAGCUUUUGUAAUCGGAGAUUGUUCCACAGACUGAUACUACCUGAUUGAAGAUCUGCCAGAACAACAACCCCAGUACCAUAACACUUUAGCUUAUUAAGCAGUGUCUUGCACGAGAUGUGAUCAAAUGCCUUACUGAGGGCACACUUGAUCUGUUUUCAAAUCCCUGCCUUCUUUGUAAAUGGAAUGAUCAAGCAGACUCAAUCAUGGGUACCACAGGUGGUAGAUUUUUGGUUUAUUGGUAGAAUACUGGGGAAAUGCAAUCAGUCGCAAAGGAGAUUGCUUAUAAACACACAAGGGCAUUUAAACUCUCAUUCUUCCCACACUCCAUAUGAGAAUGGAAUGGGAAGAAACCUUAGUAACUGGUUCAGUGGGAUGUACUCUAUGCCAUGCGCUUCACAGUGGUUUCCGGAGUAGAGAUAUAGACAGACAGAAAAGAGUGCACCGGCCUCAAAUAUUUUACCUCAUUGCCAUGAGCAGUUUUAGAUCAUUAUACUCAUCUCCAGAUGGCAACACAUGUUUUAGUAUUGUCACAGUUGUCAGCAGCAUCGUACCUGCUUCUAUAUUGCACACAAAUAUUUAUGGUAGUCCAACUACAUGGGCUGUAAGAAUCAGACACAUAUAACAUAUAGAAAUAUGCCAUUUAACUGUAUAAAGUAACUGCAAGCCUAUUAUCAUAUAAGUCAUCCAAACAGCAUGUAAAACAGCAGUAACUACAUAAAUAUUUUGAUGCAGAACAGGAGGAGAUGAUAUGCUGCUAAUGAUUCUGACAUAGUACCAGCACUAAAAUAAGUGCAGCCUUCUGAAGAUGGGCACAGUGGUCCAAAACCCCUUUGUGGUAAGAAAAUUCAUGUCUGGUGGUAGUCUUCCUCAACAAUCCCUAACUGAAACACUGCCACAGAGUCAACAACAUCCGUGCAUCUUUUUAUACUGACUACACUUUUCUGUAUGUAGAGGCAUGGUAAAUGUAGAAUAUUUAGUCAUUGCUUGGAGGGUGUUAGCCUCAAACUGUUUGUAAUUAUUCUAACAGCUCGAUUUUGUUGUGUAAAGACUGUUUUUAGAUUUGUCUUAUCAUGAUCGCAGAAAGUGAGGUCAUAGAUAAUAGCAGUGAGAAUGUAAACAAUUCCGCUACACUGCUUACUAGCCAAAUUAAUACUUACACAAAGUGCAAAGCAAUCACAACCUAACUUGUUACUGAGAUAGUACAUGUGGGCUAUCCAAUCUAAAUUUAGUGACUGCAACUCUCUUAACAGCUUUAUUUUGUAUUCUGAUGUCCAGGUCAGUUUCUGACUGUUUUCCUGUAACUGGAUAAUUAGUUUAAGAAAUAUUUAAGGUUAACUUGUUCAUUUUACAUCAGUUUCAUAAAUAUCCAAAACUAUAGUUGCACAUGUUUGCAAUACCUUGUUUAUAUAAGUUACAACAACAUUUGUAUUAUCAGAAAACAUGGUUUUAUGAGUACAACUGACUGGAAUCUUGAUGUCAUUUAUGUAAAUUAGAAAUACAUGAAUUGCUAGAACACUUCCCUGUGUCACUCCAAGUGAUACAGUCUGAAACAGAGAUCUGUAUGCAAUAUACAGUACUGGUACUUUGGUUUUUAAUGUUGCUUGAGGUAAUUUCUACCACCUUCUUCUAUUACAGAGAUUAGACCGGAACCAUUUUUUCACAUCUCCUUGUACACCAAUAGCGUAAUUUGUCUAGCAAAAUGUUAUGUUGACCAAUAUCAAAUACCUUCAGUAAGUUCAAAUUUAUUCCUGUUGUAGUAGCUGCUUCUGUAAUCAGUCCUCUGUGAAAACCACAUUGGUUUACAGACACAAGACUGAAUUUUCCAAGGGACUUUGUAAUUCUAUGUUUCGUUACUAUGUCUAUUACUUUUGAAAACAUAGAUAACAAAGCUAUUGAUCUAUAAUUUCCCACUGCAUAUAUAUAGCCCUUUUUAUACAAAGGUUUUGACUUUUGAAAUUUUUAAUCUUUCUGGAAACACUACUUCUGAUAAUGAUAUACUUAUUAUGUGUGAGAGUGGUUCUGAUAUGACACUAGCACAUUUUAUUGUGACUGAGAACAUCUGAUUUAUUUAUGGGGCUUAGCAAUAUCGAAUUAUCACAUUGUUGUUUUCGAGCAGAGGUUCCACUAUACUUAGAAAAAGCGGGGAGAGACUGCUGCUGGUUACACCCUUCCCCAACGGAUGUGGGCUGGCUUCACAGAUUUCAUAACCUAAAAAAAUGAAAACUUAACAUCUGGUUUCUUUUGUUCAUGCCUGGUGACUGCGAACAUUCCUUGGCGGCUAUAUUAUUCGAACCUUGAGGCAGCACUAUAUCUUAUUUCACAUGGACAAAUAUAAUAAUGAAAGUGGCAAACUGAACUGUUGUCAGUGUUAAUCAACGUUUACCUUCAUAAGAUGCAAUGUACCCCUUGUUUCUUCUCGGCGGUUGUGAACUGUGUCUUGACAUGACAAAUGUUAAUGUUGAAUGGAAAACAAACAAACCUAGAUAAUGACUAGACUAUUGUGUAGAGAAUAACUUUAAGAACCUGGUGUGCUUCUGCUCAUACUUAUUAGUUUGCGAACUGCUGCACUGGGACGUCAUGUACUUUUAUGACCUGUGCACACGUUACAACACAAGCUUAUAAUCAUACACUAUAUUUUUUGGGAAAAUAUGCGGUUAACACACCUCCCUUUACAGAAAACUGCUUACAAAUUACAGUUAGUUACAGCCGAAUUAGAUUUUGCGGCACAUUUCACGUGUUCAUAUGAAAUAUACAAAUUUAUUACGGAAACUGAGAAUAAAUCACGUCUAGUUUUAACUCGGUCUUGCCACAUUUAACCGACCUAAAUAACAACAUUUGGCUAUGUGAAAUAGAAUUUUCAAAACUCUCUUGACGCUAAACAUCUACAGCAGCCGACUCGCCACUCGCUAUGCGCCGGAUUUGAAAAUUUGGCGAUUUCUGCUUGUUCCCACUAGUGUAUCAAUGCGCAGCAGCUUGGCAUUAAUAACAUUGGAGAGUUUGUCUCAAAUAAUCCAUAAUAUUUUGGUUUAUUGGCGAGUAGUUUACAGCUUUCACAUUUUUCCAUCUUUUUUAAAUCGAUCUUUGUUAUAAGUUCGUACCUACCUUUCGGUUAACAACGCCCGAAUUUACGUAGGAGUGGCAGCGAUCUUGCAUAACGGAGGUGGUCUACACCUGCUAGCGGAAAGCCGGAAAUCCUAAUGGUAGGAGAGGUGAUUGAUUCAUCUAAUCACAGGAGUCGGCAUAACGAAAAGUGAUGUGGUUGUGCGCUUCUGGACGACGUAUUAAAAAAUGCUACGGUGAAUUGACAAGAAAGAGUUCUCAACAACAUGAUGCUGUUCAAAAAAAUGUUAAGCUCGACUUAGUAGCGACACUACAGGUCGCCAGAAAGUAUGAUGUACAUAGUGUAUUUAUUAUUCAUUAAAUGUCAGAAGUAGUAGGAAGACUGUGCUGAUCAUUAAUAUCCAGAGUCACAAUGGAUGAAUGGACUUUAAAUGAUUUGCUGGAAUGCUCAGUGUGCUUAGAAAGAUUGGAUACAACAAGCAAAGUGUUACCAUGUCAACACACUUUUUGCAAGAAAUGUUUGGAAGAAAUUCUAAAUCGGCAUAAAGAAUUACGAUGUCCAGAAUGUCGUAUAUUAGUGGAUGUUAAGAUUGAAGAUUUACCACCAAAUGUGUUACUCAUGAGAAUUUUAGAAGGCAUGCGAAAUGCAGCACCAAAGAAAAGGAACACUGCUGCCAUUAGGAUGCAGGGAGGAAAUUAUCCUCAAACUCCAAUACACCAGACACCCUCGGUGCAGUACCAGAUGACAUCACAGGCAACUACUAUUACUACUACGGAAAAUAUUACUGUGUCUCAUGCAAUACCCAAACAGCAGUUGCUACCAAAUUUGUCUUACGCAAAAGCUUUAUAUGAUUAUCGCUCACAGGAGAAAGGGGAUCUGAAUUUUAAAAAGGGUGAUAUAAUAAUACUACGAAAAAGAAUUGAUAGCAAUUGGUACUUUGGUGAGAAUGGUGGGUGUACCGGUGUUUUCCCAUUAAGUUAUGUACAGGUGAUCACACCCCUGUGUUCAACGCAGCCACAGUGCAAAGCACUUUACGAUUUUGAUGAAGAGGGCUGUUUGUCUUUCAUUAAGGGUGAAAUUAUUACUGUUAUACGCCGUGUUGACGAGAAUUGGGCAGAGGGAAAACUUGGUGAAAGGAUUGGAAUCUUCCCUUUGGCUUUUGUAGAUCUGAAUCCAGUUGCACGUUCUCUAAUGAAGCUGUCUACAAAUUCACAGCCUGGGCCUUCACGGGUAGCACCACCAACACCGACUUCGGAGGACACUGCGCCACUCAUUCCGACAGACCACACUCGCAGUGUCGGAGCUGUGCCUGUUCCCACUUGCCGUUCACCUGCUGCCGCUGCAACUGGGCCGCCGCCUCAUGUUCACACCCGCAGUCGAGCUGCAGUAGCAUCAGAUUCGAGCUCCACACAGUCCUCGCCGUCAUCUGCCACUACUCCUAAUACUUCAUCGGGAAACACGUCGUCGGGGUCAGGAUCUGGAACAGAACCCUCAUCACCAGCAUCUCCACCUCUGGCACGACCUCCACCUGAUCCAACGUUGCCUUCACCACCACAAGCAUUGGGAUCUGGUACAGCUGCACCACCACCUAGACCGACGCCGUCUGUGCAGCAGCGAGAUAAAAGGCAUAGCUUUAGCGCUGUUCAUACAGGACACCAUCAUCAAACAUCCCAUAGGUUGUCUGCCGAAAUUCUCAGCCCAUCAGAAACAUCCUGUCAGGAGCCCUCAUCCUCAGACCAGACAUUGCAGGUACCUCCACACAGCACCAGCACUAGUAGUAACAGCACUGUUGGCGAUGGCAUAGGUGUACAGAGGCAGGGCAGCCAGAGACACCGCCGCUCAGGCAGUAGUGACCUGACAAGUGUACCUCCGCUGCCUCCGCCACAGGGUCUGCACUCCAUGCCAGGAACCUCUGCACAUCUGCCUGCAGCGUAUAUUGCACUAUACCCAUAUAAGCCACAAAAAGCGGACGAGUUGGAAUUGCGUAAAGGUGCUAUUUAUAUGGUAACAGAAAGGUGCCAGGAUGGAUGGUUCAAGGGAACAUCAAAUAGAACUCAGAAGUCAGGAGUUUUUCCAGGAAAUUACGUUGCACCUGCUAAUAAAGCACUACCUAAUCUGCACAACCAUCUGCGUUGUGCGGUCCGUGUUGCUUCUGGCACGGGCAGUAGCUCCCCACGAGCAAAUGGAACUCCACCCUUGGAACCUCGCAGUUACACUCGUUCCAGGCAAGGACCUGCAACUCUGCCCUAUAGUCCUAAGCAGCAGUCACAUGGACCCGCACUAGACUUAUUGACUGGCACAAAUAGUACUCUCCACCCGCCUGAGUUGCCACCACGAUCAACAAGCCCAGGGCAUCGUGCGAGCAGCUCGAGUGUGGUCGCUGCGUGGCUGACACCUGCGAGUGCUACCGACACAACGGCAUCCAGUGCUGGAAGUGGCAACAGUGCUAACUCCAUCAUCUCAUCAGUUACAUCAGCUGCUCACGGUGCUCCCGACGUAACUGCAGUGACGGGCACACCUGUACGCUUUGCUCACGUUUCAUCAGCAGUAGCCUCGAGAGAUAAGGCAAAAGAGAAAAAAGAGAAAGGUGUUGGUUUAAUGCGUCGUCUGACUAGCAUGAAAAAGUCAAAAUCACCACCUCCAACUACAUAUUCAAUGGAUAACCCUGUGUUUGAAGAUGGUACGGUGGCAGCAAGUCCGUCACAUCCGGUUCACGUCAGGUCGGGAUCCUGCCCCAGCCAGCUUCUCCAAGUUCUGCCCUUAGAUGCUAACAGUGCACACCACCGCCUGUUUGGUUCCGGCUCCCAGAGAAUGAAACACAAAGACCGACCCAAUGUAGUCGUGGCUAACCUAUCGCAUUAUGGAAGGGUGAGUGAUCCUGGAACAUCUAGUGGAGGUGGCAGCAGUGCUGCCCAGCAUCGCAAAUCCAACUCGCUUGACGCUGACAGUUGCGAUCUCAGCAGGAAAAAUAAACAGUUAAUGCCACCUGUUAGAGAAAGAUUCCGCUGUAUUGUGCCUUAUCCUCCGAACAGUGAAUUUGAACUGGAGUUACAAGUGGGUGACAUAAUUUAUGUCCACAAGAAGAGAGAUGAUGGAUGGUACAAAGGCACCCAGCAACGUACAGGGCGAACUGGCCUCUUUCCUGCAAGCUUUGUCGAGAGCUUCUGAGAACCCCCUUCGUGCGUGCUAGAGACGUGUGUGUAAAGCAUAUAAGGAAGUGUGUGUAUUCAGACAGUGAAAGAUCUGCUGAAUUUUAUCAAGGCAGAAUGACAAUUUGCUUUGCCUUUGAUUGAUUUUACUUACAUGUGCCCAUUCUUCCAUAAGUGUUCUGUUUUUUCUAAUUUUUUUUUCUUUCUACUUUUUUAUUUAUUCGUCGAAAGCACGCACAGGGGAUGUUACGGUGUGUCAUAUUGUGAGAUUUUCACAGACUCUUAGUUAAAUAGAAGUAAUGACGCACAAUGUUAUUUUUAUAGAUGUGUUCACAUUUGUGUGGUGCAGAAAGUGACUACCUCUGAAUAAGAGACUUGCCUUUUAUGUUUGAAUGUACUCAUUCUAAGGAGACGGAAUGGGUGGCCAGUACUUACCAUCAGGAAGUGAGAUUCCAGGCACUGCUGAUAGAAACACUUUAAAGCAGAAGAAAACUAUUCCUAGCUUUUGGAACUUGUAUGUUUCUUGCUCAGGGAGAAGAGGAUUGGGGGAGGUUGGAAAAAGGAAGAAUUCACUCUAACCCCAAAUUGAGAGGGACCCAUCAGGCUACUUUCAUGCUAAAUGUUAUUUAAACAUUGUUCUAGCAAUGAACAUUUGAUUUCUAGAGACAUAGUGAAAGAUUAAACUACACAGACCUCUCAAGAGACAGUAAAAGUUGUUCCACAACUUCAAUAUUAUAUAAUAUAGUUACUCAAUCUUUCAUGUUUGGUAACAUGUGUUAUCAAUCAUUUGUACCUUCUGUGAUAAAUUAGUUACGGAUAUCCAUUUCUGCUAGUAUUGUACAGAUAACUGGGCAUUAUUUUCACAUUUAUUUUGGCAUAUUUUUCAGACACCCCUAUAAUUAUAUAAGAAUGAAAGGAAAGAACUAAUUUUCCCUUGGACUGAACACAUAAUAUAAACUGUUCACUAAUUACAGUCAGUUUAUUUUAUACUUAUAUCUUAUAAUCUGAACUCUCACAUGGAAGGUGACUGACAUGAAACCCAUUUUGGCUAUUUAAAAAAUGAACUGAGUUUCUCUCAUUGACUCGUCUAAUUAAGUACAUAUUUCAACAGCUGUUAAGCUAUAUCUGGAAUAAAGACUUUUACUCUGAGAUUCCAGUAUUGUCUGCCAAAAGAAUUAGUAUGAAGUAAUGUGUUUUGGAAAAAUUCAUCACAACUACAACUUUGUCCAGUGUAUGCUAAUUAUUAACUACUUACCAUAAAAAUCUCAUUCUCUGUAAACAAAGUAAUGUAACAUGGUUUUCACAUAUGAUGAUCUUCUGUAAAUAUUUAUUUCCAAUAAUUAACUCUAAAAUUAUAAACAGUAUUAUUUAAAUGAUCAUGAAGACCUAAUUGUUAUAAGCUUUGCCAAAAUAUUACGAUUGAAAAUAUAUGUGUCCUCCUCCUAUGGCUCCACAGUCUGUUGUGGACCUUUGUCUCUUCCACAAUUUUCUGUUAGAUGUCCCAUUUUUGCACUAGUGCUUCUCAAUUCCUGUGUACUAUUCUCUGAAUGUCCACUUCAACAAUAUCCACAUGUUAUUGGGUUGGCCAUGCCAUUGUCAUCCUCCAAGAUUUCCAAUUUGUGCCACAUACCCGGUCCAUCUCAGUCUUGCUGAUAUUCUUGUUUGUAUCCAAAGAACAAUUCACAUGACAGAACAGUAAAAUUACAAGAAGACCUUUGCUUACCUUCAGAGGGAAAAAUUCUGAGUGCUGCUGAUAGACAUGCAUAAAAGUAGAAGAGUGUCUCCUGGUCUUCAGAAUUGUUAACUCCUUUCUCGUGGAAGUAUAGGUAUGAUAUACUGAAGUCUGGGAAGGAGGGGCAGGUAAAAGUUGCGAGGUUGAGUGGGACACACCUCUGUGAGGACACACACUUUUGUCUCUCAUCAUCCUUUCAACCUGGGGUUUGAGUGACUUGCUCCUCCAUUAUAACCUUCCCUUACCUCUCUCUCAUUCCCACCUGAGGAAGGAAAUAAGAGUUCUAGAAGUUAGGACAGGUUUUUACUUUUAUUUAUGUUUAUAGGCAAUACUUGGAACAAUGGAGCAGCCAUUGUGACUUUUUGUGAUUCAUCAUAUAUGGCAGAAAGUUAAUUGUUGUAUGGUCUUCUCCACCUUCUUCCCUCACAGCAAGGAUGUUUUGUUCUGUGAAGUAUCUUCCUCUCAGAGGUAUGAAACAUGCUAGUAUCAGUUACUGUUAAUGGCAGUUUCUGAAGUGUUUUAUGUAUGAUUAACUUUGUGGUGUGAGACAGGAGCUUUGAAACAAGGAAUUUUGUUACAGCAAAAUAAGCUCUAUUAGCUGCUGCCAGACAAUUAAUUUCCUAUGUAAGUAUCACUGUAGUGUGUUGUGGCCAAUUGCUGUUAUUCAAACUGCUCAGCCUUUUCAAAUUUACAGUUAAAUCUGGUCACUAAUUUCUGCAUCUUUCCAGUGUGUGCCCUUAUACAAGCAAUGCAUUCAAUCUUAGACUCAUUGAUAGUCAAACCCACAAGGACUAAUUUUAAUACAGUAAAUUACUCCUUCCUUGCCCUCUGUUGAGGUCCUGUGGGUGUGUAUAUCACUGAUGCCGGCCAAUGUUUACAUUAUUUUGUCUUAGAUGAUUCCACUGCACAGCAGGUUAGCCUCUUCUAUCAAGUUUUCCAGCAGUACAUUAAAAAGAAGAAACAUAAGUGCCAUCACCCAGGUUUAUGCUGUUGUGGAUAUCCACUGGCUGUAAUGGCAUUCUUUGUAGACAUACUCUGCUUCUUAAAAUGCUCUGUGAAGUCUACAUCAGUCUCAGAAGCUUCUGAGUUUCCAUUUCCUGCAAUGUGGACCUUCUUUAUAUAUAUCUCUCUCUCUUUCUCGACAGUUGAGAGGAGGUGGUCAAACAGAUCAGAAAGCACAUUUUGUAUUUCAAGUUUGGAAGCAUUAUUCAUAAGUAAUUUUCACACUCUAUUUGGUCUACUCCUUUGUUGUGUGCAUAUGACUCCUUUGUUGCACUGUUAUGGCUUUUAGGCUUCCUAUACCAACAAACUAAUUUUUUGGAAGUGACUCUGCAUGUCAAUCUUGAGAUGAGUAGAUUUUCUAAGUGACCAUUCCUAAAGCCACUCUAGUUUCUUUCAUUGGUAAAUUCUUCAUCAGUUCUUCUUUUCUUUUUGUAAUACUGCUUUAAUUUUCUGGUACAGUUCCUUUGUACCAUCCUCUUGUAUGGCUUGUUCUUUUCUUCGGUUGCUCUCCCACACUGUGUCAAAUGGCCAGUUUUUCUGUUUGUUUUCCAUUACUACCACUUAAUUUACUGCCUUUUCGUUAACAGCUCAAUGAUUUCUGGUGCUUCUUCAAUACCAUUGUGUUUGACACUUCCCUGUAGAGUUUCUUGAUUUUUAUUUUUUAUUUCAGUUAUGUUCUGAGCAGUUGCAUUGUAUUUUGAGGAUUUGUUCUAGUUCCUUUUUAUAGUGAUAUGUAAUUGCUGUGACUCUGAUCAAUACCAAAUAGUGAUCAGGGCUAUUUUGGGGUUCCCGAAGGCUUGUCAUGUAAAGGUUGUGUGAUUUGUCCCUUGCUUUUUGUCAAUACAUGACCUGUGUUCAUUAUGUUGCCGUCAGGGAAGUUCCAUGUUCCCUUGUGUUUUUGUAUGAGAGGGCAGACCAAGCAGUCAUGUUUCAGGGCAUGAUAAAUAUAAAACUUUUUUUAAAACUAUGUACUACUUUUUUCCUAGUCAAUUGACAUGAAAACAUGCCUUGCACUAUGCAGCACAGUAACUACUUUGAUGAUUAAUUUUCUCAUUUGAUAAGAGCGUGUCAGAAGAAUGAAUACAUGUAAAGCACAGCUUUCAUUACAACAAGCUUAAUAUUUAAUCUGAUCUGGGAAAUAUUUAUAUUUAAUUGAAGCUGUUUUCCCUGGAGAGUAAGAUAUUGCCAAGUAAUGUACCAUUUAAGUAAGAGGAAAAAUAUUGAGUGUAAAAUUAAAACAGUGCUUCAAAAGGAAAAUGCAGUCGAGAAAACUGUUAACUGACAAGGAGAGACUGUCUGGCCCGUACUUACUUUCAAAAAGUGAAAUUCCAAGUACCACUGAAAGAAACAGAUAAAAUUAGGGGGAAAAAAUUUGUAGCUUUCAGAAUUUGUAUGUUCCUUUCUCAGUGAGAAAAGAGGGAGAGGUUGAGGAAGGUUAGAAAGGUAGGACAGGCCACUCAGACUCCAGGUUGAAUGGAACCCACCUUGUGGGUAUGGUUGUUUCAGAUUAUUUUCAGAAGUUACUUUCCUGGUGAUGUUGUAGCUGGAAUAGUCGCUCAAAGAUAUCCAAAUUUCCUGUCAAUUGCUAAAUUCUAAUGCAACAAUAACUAUUUAGUUUUGUGGUUGCAAGGGAUGAAGAUUUGGUUUUGGUGGAGUAUUGCUGAGCAGCAGUUGAGAUGUUAAAGCAAAAGGUUAUAUGCAUCAUAAAGAUGUGCAUGUUAUGAGAAAGAUCUGAAAAGUGACAUAGAAGGCAUACAGUAUUCAUAUAUCAUGAUUACUCUACUAUUAAGAGAGAAAUGAAAGCACUCUUUACAUAGCUACUUGCUAGCAAUUAAAAAAUGUGUGACAAAAUUAACUCUACAAGAGGAUGAUUAAUUUGCUUUCUGCUCCCUUCAGAGCUAUUAUACAAGUGAUUCUAAUUUCUCAUAUUGUUAUAGUAUGGGGGUUGAAAAUUUUUUAAAAGCUUUAAGCUAGGUUUAGGUUUCUGUGUUUUGCCAGCUGUUCCAACACAAGAAAUUGUGAAUCUUCUGAGUGUCUGCUAUUAAUUGAAAUGUUGCUAGAACUUGUUUUUCAAAAAUUUAUUUAUUUGAAUUUGAGUUGUGUUCAUAAAUAACUCGAUGAUUAGAACUUUAAAUGUUAAAACAGUGCCCGAGGACAGAGCGUGUGAAAUUUUGCAAGAAGUCUCUUCUAGAAAAUAUUAAUGUAGCCUACGUUUUCAUUGGGUUUAUGUAAAUCAUUUAAACUCUGUGUGCUUUGUGUGCUUAUUGUUUGUCACCAGCUACAAUAGCAUGAAUUUUUUAAAUCCCAUUAUGAAAAAUCUUCAUACCUUUCAAAAUGCCAAUCGUGUGUGAUAACUUGAAGACAUCUAUCAUUAUUAAAUGGGCUUAUGUCAGAAGUAAGUCAGCUUUGUGGGAGGGAGUAUUUCUAAAAAAAAAAUAAUUUAGUUUCAAAUAAUGAAGUCUUUGAAUAUUGGCACCCUAUUCUCAAUUUAUAAGUAAUGAGAUGAUAAAGGAGAACACGUUGUAUGAAUGACACUGAUACAUUUUCACUUAUGUGUUCAUAAACAAAAUUUAUUCAUAUUGAAUAUGUCCUGUGAAUGGUCCCUAUCUGAAAGAAAUGUGCAAUGUAAUAUCUCUUUCUGUAUUAUGAAUGAGUGUUAGUAUGUAUAAAUUAUGCUGUAGGUAGUAGAAAAACCAGAACAAGCUUGUGUGACUGACUAAGUUAUUUGUCACUUAGCAAACAGCUUGUUGUGACCUGUGUAAUAGAUUGUUGCCAGAGAUUAAUUUAUUGUUUUCUUUAGUCAUGUUAUACAUGACUACUUGUACUUGAAUAUUUCACUUUUCUGCUGAGUACAUUGUUGAGGAGUGUUACCGUUGUAUGUUUUUGCAUGCAGAUAUAUCAUUUAUGAAACCAAUUUCAUUGUUCUAUAUGUUGAAAACCUUUCAUUAAAAUAUUGUAUAAUCAGAAUGUGCCAUAUUACAGAUCUGCUGUUACUGAUUUCCAUCAUAGAUGUAUGUUGCUAUGUUAAAUGGUGUAGCUCUGGUAAUUUGCAUUCUAUGUGAAGUGUGCUAGUAAUUGUAUCAUGAGUAACAGUGUAAUUUCAGAAGUUAAGGACAUUCACUAUAUAUGUUCAGUGUCUCUUGUCUGUACAAAAUGUUAUAUAAAGUUUCUUACUAUGUGGAUGCUAUAUCCAGCACAAAUUUCAAUUUAGCAAGGGUCUUGCCCAGUACUUCAUCAUUUGAAUGUCUCAUAAAUGCCACAAGAAGUCAUUAGAUUAUUCAUGGAAAUGUUAGAAAUAAAGAAAGAGAUAAUUAUCACUCCUACCAAACAUAAGUGUGUGUGUGUGUGUGUGUGUGUGUGUGUGUGUGUGUGUGUGUGUGUGUGUGAUGAAUGAGCACAUGUCUGCAUGCACGAGUUGAAAAUUAUUUAAAUAUUUGUUUACAUAUCACAACUCAUACCGAAGUUUUUUAGAAUUGUUACUAAAAGCUCUCUGUGAAUAUCUUGUCACACAUUUCAGUUGUAUUUAUUUCUGUUAUUAAAGGAUUUAGAUUAUGUGAAGUAUUGACCAGCUGUUAAAAAUUACAUUUUUCUGUACAUGUCUUGUUGUAUCGAUGUUAUGUUCAUCAAAUAACAAGAUCUGUCAAAUAGA